GACUUACAUACGUAUGCGAAAUUAAUCUCCUUAGUGAAUUAAGAGACUCGAGACAAUUUAAUUAAAUGUUCAAAUUUCUAUUAUAACUAUUAUGUGUAACUGUUAAAAUACUUUUGUCUGCAUACUUUUAGCUGCAUAUACAUAUGUACAUACAUACGCACUACUACAUGAAUAACUACUGUGUCAACAUGGUGUUAAUUGGAUUUUUUCGUUUACAUGCAUGUCCAUAUUUGUUUUAUUCGGAGACAUUGAUUUACAAACAGUUUUUGCCUUUAAAUACGAUCUUAUAGACAUGUCCCAUUCCUCAUUAUAAUGGCAUUAUCAGUAACUUAUAAUAUGUGCAGGUAAGAAGACAUGCAUGGUAUUUGCAUUCAUUUCAAGGUCUUUUCAUUCUGGCAUUAGUAACACAAAGAUCUCCGGGCAUUACACAUGGCUGAUCCUGAGAUUAUUCAUAUAAAUCACAACGUGAUCACAACUUGUGAUUCGUGUGUUACAAUUAUAUAAAUAAAUGACGAUAUAUGGGCAAAGUAAUGUUGACCAUUAGUGUGUGCUCAACAAAAGUAAAUCAGACGGUUAUCGUGGAAUGCGAAUGAGGCGGAUGUUUAAUUGGACUUGCUGAACUUAAUCGAUUCUUCGAAUUAAGCAACUAUUGUCACAGCCAUGAUUGAUUUGACUUUCUACAAUGCGGUCGCACUAUGUUUAGGAGGUGUGUCCAUAUUUGUAGCGAUGAAGAUUUUAAACAACCAAAGAAAAGUACGAAUUUGGUCAAAGUGGUCGGAGCAGUCUAAAAACAAAGUCGUUUUGCACGGGAUGUUCGGAGGGCGACAAGUACCAACUGCUUCGCCAUUUGUGCUCAAAGUCGAAACGUACUUGAGAAUGGCUAAAAUCCCAUAUGAAAUUGACAAGGUGGAUGUUUGGGGUCCCAAAGCGAAAACGCCAUGGCUGAGUAUUAAUGGAAGAAACAUAUCGGAUUCGCAAUUCAUUGUCGAGUAUCUUCGGAAGAAGUAUGACAAACAGUUAAAUGCUGUGUAUUCUGAGGAAAAACAAGCAAUUGGGAUGGCAGUGAGAGUUAUGAUGGAGGAAUACAUGUACUGGGGUGGUAUUCUCUGGAGAUUUACUUUUGGUGGUCGGGAUACAUUCGAACAACUCAGGAAAGGGAACAUCACCAUUGGCGAAUUCAUGAUUUUUAAAAUGAUUGCCCCAAGUCUUACCUCCAUGGCGUGGACUCAAGGGCUAGGGCGUCACUCGGAACAAGAAGUUAUUGAAAUUAUGUCAAAUUGCUUAAAGUCCGUUAGUAAAAUUUUGGGAAAUAAACCAUUCCUUCUUGGGCAUCAUCCAUGCGAAGAAGAUUGUGCUGUUUUUGGUCAACUUGCGUCUGCUGUAUUUACGGAAAACUCCCCAUUUACAGAGCUAUUUGAAAAUGAGUUAAGAAACCUGAAGGAUUACUGUCAGCGAAUGAAAGAAGAGUAUUGGCCGGACUGGAAUGAAUUGUUGCAUCAUUAAAACCAGCAAAGAUUAUCAAUUACUUAUGUAAAGAGUAUACCGUCAUAUUUGUUUUAUGUAUGUAAAGUAUUAAUUGUAGUCUAAUAAAUGUCUUUCAACACAUUAA